AUGUGCUUUCAAGGCCAAUGGAUCAUCAAGAACGGUUCUUGCGGCACCCCAAAGAUCUUGAUUACCCACUCUUGCAUUUUGGACCCCGACCCCUCGUUGAACCCAGAACCCUACAGACAUCCAUGGAAGACGACAACCCUCCGGUCCAAGCCUUGCGCUCCGUGCACGGUUUACAUCGACUGCCAUCAGGACCCCACCACAAAGAAACCAAUAUUUCUCUGGGACGACAUCCGUCUCGCCUUUGUGGAUGCUCUUCAUGUUCGAAAUCAGACCAGGGUGCUGCCCUUUCUGAAGGGAGGUGACUUUGUCCUUUUGAAGUUGCUGAUGAAUGCUGCCGUUCCGGAUGUGAUCUUGGACGCUGUUAUAGAGGAUCCCUUGGUGCGCCUGGAGACGGCUAUGCAACAAAUGUCAAUCGAGGAUGCUCAUCCUAAUCUGACAAUAUGA